GGCUGAGGUGUUCUGUUCGCUCGGCCGGCCCUCCCGGCUGGAGCAAUUCCCGGGUUUUCCCAGGCUGGAAGGGCCCGCCUGAGGCCGGAGGUUGGAACAAAAAUGAUGUGUGGGAGCCCCUCGCUGCCUUCCCUGCUCUGCCUUGCUGAGGGGUGCUGAGGCGUCGCUAAACUGAAGCUGCUCUCUGGGGGAGAGGCUGAAUGGCGUAGGAUAAAAUCAUGGAAUGUCAGGGAAGUCUGCUUUUCAGGCGUGUGUGUGUGUAAAGCUUUUACGUAAAGCUGACUUAAAAAUCCCCUUCAAAAAGCAAAUGAGGGUGGAAAAAAAAAAGAUCUGCGAUUUCUCCUGGUACGUUUUUAAAAUCCCAUUGCCUGCGAUAUUUUUUGUGCCCUUUCAGAACAAAGCCUGCAGCCAGACACAGAGCCUCGUGUCACACGAAUUGUGCCACUGCUGCAGUGACAACAAGCACGGAAAACUUGCAGUUUCUAUUCUCUAUUUCACAGGGGUCCACUGAAAACCCAAAAGCUCCCGGCAAUGAUUCACAGCUCCAAGUUUUACUGAACAGCUCGAAACUCACCAGUGUGGCCAGACAAAUAAACGGGAAGGUUUAGGGCAGGUCUGCAUUUGAGGGGACAAAUUAUGCAGGCUGUUGCAGUCUCCACUAGCAACAUGGGGAAAUACUAUAGCUGCGGGCCUUUUUUUGGCCACAAAAGGCACAAUUCGUGCAAGAGAGAAUGAAGAAAUGUGGCCUAGAAAUAAAAGGGUGGAUGGGAAGUAAGGGGAGAAAAACUAGAAUGAAAUUCCCUGAGUCAGUAAAGCAGAAAAUAAUUGUUACUGUGGGGAUGUACUCUGAAAAAGUCUACAGUGAUUAGGCUGCCAAACUUCAUAAAUUGUGACUUGUGGGUGUUUUGUGGUCUAAACAAUUCUGGUAAAGGGCUUUGCACCAAUGAGUGGGGGCUAUGGAGGGUGGAAAGAUUUAAGGAUUUUUUCUUUCUUUCUUUCCAGAACUGCUCACAGGGUUUAGGCACUGAUGUGUCACAGAACCAAGCUUCAGAUUUACAGGAGUUGUCCUCAGAGAUGCUGAGAAUCAACAGAUUAUCAGACUCCUCGAAUGAAAGGCUUAUUUCGAGACGUUUCCUGUGGAGUAACUGAUGCUGCUGCUGCUGAGAGAAUAAAGGAGAAGAGACAAUGGAGAUAAAAUCUUGGAUGCAUAGGACAAAUUUUUUAAUUGCCUUGUGGAUUAACAGUGAACAGAGUAUCUGCCAAGCACGAGCUGCUGUAAUGGUCUACGAUGAUGCCAACAAGAAAUGGGUACCAGCUGGAGGAUCAACUGGAUUCAGCAGAGUUCACAUAUAUCAUCACACAGGCAACAACACAUUCAGAGUAGUGGGCAGGAAGAUUCAGGAUCAUCAGGUGGUAAUAAAUUGUGCCAUUCCAAAAGGGCUGAAGUACAAUCAGGCUACACAGACCUUCCACCAGUGGCGUGAUGCUAGGCAAGUGUAUGGUCUGAAUUUUGGCAGCAAAGAAGAUGCCAAUGUCUUCGCAAGUGCCAUGAUGCAUGCCUUAGAAGUAUUAAAUUCACAGGAAGCUGUGUUCUAUUUAGGUCCUACAUUGCCUCGACAGAAUUCACAGCUUCCCUCUCAAGUACAAAAUGGUCCAUCACAAGAAGAAAUGGAAAUCCAGAGAAGACAGUUGCAAGAGCAACAGAGGCAGAAGGAGCUGGAACGGGAGAGGCUGGAUCGUGAACGGAUGGAACGGGAGAGGCUGGAGAGAGAGAGGCUGGAAAGGGAAAGACUGGAAAGAGAGCGCCUGGAGCAGGAGCAGCUGGAGAGAGAACGGCAGGAAAGGGAACGGCAAGAGCGCCUGGAAAGGGAGAGACAAGAGAAGGAGAGGCAGGACCGCGAGAGACUGGAACGGCUCGAACGGGAGAGGCAAGAAAGAGAACGGCAAGAACAGUUGGAAAGGGAACAGUUGGAAUGGGAAAGAGAGAGAAGAAUUUCAAAUGCUGCUCCAUCUUUCGACAACUCCCCGUAUAGCACUCCACUUCCUGAAUACUCCAGUUGCCAGCCUCCUUCAGCACCUCCUCCAUCAUAUGCAAAAGCAGUCUCAGCGCCAAUGGCCGAGGCCACACCGGAGUACGCUGUAGUGACUUCUGCACCACCGACUUCCACUCCCCCUACACCGCCUCUAAGGCACUCUGCAUCACGUUUUGCUACAUCCCUAGGCUCGGCUUUCCACCCCGUCCUCCCCCAUUACGCUACGGUUCCUCGUCCGCUCAACAAGAGCUCCCGGCCCCCUUCUCCGGUCGGUGCCGCGGCCACUCUGCCUCCCAGCACCAAGCCCGCGGCCUGGGCCGCGCCCAGUUUUGCCCCCCUGCCCCCGUCUCCUCCAGUCAUGAUAAGCAGCCCACCAGGCAAAGCCACCGGCCCGAGACCCGUCCUCCCGGUGUCGGCUUCCAACGCGGCGACCCAGCCGUCCACGUCUCCCACGGCUCCUAACGGGCUUCCUGAAAACCUGGCUUAUCCGGUUCCUUCACCUUCUACCUCAGGUCCAACGCCGCCUCCGCCACCUCCUCCCCCCCCACUGCCUUCCUUUCCGCCUCUGUCACUCUCUGGGCCUCAAGCUUCUCCUUCUCCCAACUCCCCGAAUGCCUCGACUCCCUCAUCCAAGCCUAGUGUUCUCCCUUCUCCCUCUGCAGCUACCCCUGCCUCUGUUGAGAACUCUCUAAACUCUGUGCUGGGAGACUCCUCUGCUUCUGAGCCAGUCUUGCAGGCAGCCUCUCAGCCGGUUGAAGCUCCGAGCCAGCAGGGUGCUGUCCAAGGACCUCCUGCACCUCCUCCUCCACCUCCCCUGCCCCCGGGCCCAGCUCAGUCUUCGGUAGCAGCCCCACCUCCUCCUGGCCCCCCGCCACCUCCUCCACUGCCGCCUUCGGGGCCUCCCCCGCCGCCGCCGCCGCCUCCUCCGCUGCCCAGCCAGGCCCCUCCCGUUCCCCUGCCGCCUCCGGCUCCCCCCCUGCCAGCCUCUGGAUUUUCAGCGGGAUUCGUGUCCGAGGAUAACCGCCCUUUAACUGGACUAGCAGCUGCGCUUGCUGGAGCCAAACUUAGGAAAGUCUCACGGGGUGAAGACUCCUCCAGUUCGAGUGGAGGAGGAGGAGGCUCUGCUUCAUCCAAAACAGACGGUGGCCGUGGAAAUGGACCCCUUCCCUUGGGAGGCAGUGGGUUGAUGGAGGAAAUGAGUGCCCUGCUGGCCAGGAGGAGAAGAAUUGCUGAAAAGGGAUCAACAGAACCAGAGCAGAAAGAAGAUAAAGCUGAAGAAUCAGAGUCUUCAUCUUCUAAGGUUUCUUCAACAAGCACACCUGAACUAACAAGAAAGCCUUGGGAAAGGACAAAUACAGUGAAUGGAAGCAAGUCACCUGUUAUUUCCAGACGGGAAUCUCCAUGGAAAAAUCUGCUUGCUUCUGAAAACAGGUUCUAUGAUUCAUUAAACAGACCAAAAUCUACACCAACGGGACAGCCCAGUGCCAAUGGAGUACAGUCAGAAGGUCUAGAUUAUGACAGAUUGAAGCAGGACAUUUUAGAUGAAAUGAGGAAGGAGUUAACGAAAUUAAAGGAAGAACUCAUUGAUGCUAUCAGGCAGGAGCUCAGCAAGUCCAAUACUGCAUAGAAAGACUCGUACUAAGCCGAUGUGACUCUUUAACUUGAUAUAAAACUGACUACGUUUUGUGAGCUGUUAGAAGAAGACGGAGACAGACAGACAGACACUUGGAAGGAGGGAGAAACAACCUAUUCUGAAAAGCUUCAGACACAUCACUCUGGUGAUAAUGCUAUUCCCCUCCUAGUUUGCAGCUUUUUUCUGACCUUUACAGCAGGGUGGAAAAGACUCUUAAAGUUACUGUAAUGAUUAUGCAGAAAUUCCUACAUCUAUCAGACAAGAUCACAGUGCUUUGAAGUCUACUCAUGUCAAGAUAAAAUUGCACAUAUUUCAGAAUUUGUUGUUAAGACAAAAAAAAAAAACAA